AUGGAGGAGACAGAGGCACCUCAACCGCGGCAGACGAUAUUCGUAGCCGGCCUUGGAAUGGUCGCGUUUAUCGAGAAGUUGCUGAAUCUGGACGAAGCUAUGCACUACCAAAUCCAUCGUUCCAUCGAAAAAUUGUACUUAAAUCAAGCCGAUUGGUACGCCAAGCAGGAUCCCAGCCGUUUCAUGUUCUACACGGGCGAACAAGUCACAACGCUCGAUCCUGCCACACACACCGUCACGACUGACAAGGGAAGGAAGAUCCAUUACGACUCUUGCGUACUUGCGACCGGCUCUGUGAGCACCUUACCGCCUUAUAUACCUCCCGAGAGGGCUGCGAAGGUGCAGGGUGUAUUCGUAUAUAGGAAUAUAUCGGACUUGGAUGCCAUAUUGGCGUACGCUGACAAGGACGGUAUUAAGGGAGGCCGGGCUGUAGUUGUUGGUGGCGGUCUCCUUGGUUUGGAAGCUGCCAAAGCAGUGUACGACCUUGAAACCAUCGCAAAAGUGUCGAUAAUCAACCGCCAAGCGUACCCCCUCUCCCGGCAGCUGGAUAAGGAUGGAGGCGAGAUCGUCUUGCGGCGUAUCGAGAACAUGGGUGUCGAGGUGCUCACUAACACCACGGUGCACGAUAUCAUCACCACAGACGAUGGUACCUUUACGGGGCUCGAGUUAACAGACGGACACAUUUUAGAAGCGCAGCUCGUGAUAUACGCUAUUGGUAUCACGCCGAGAGAUGAUCUGGGUAGAACAGCGGGACUGAAGUGUCAUGACAGAGGGGGAAUUGUUGUAGACGAUUCGUUGAGGACUAGCGCUGAGGAUGUGUACGCGAUCGGGGAGUGCGCAAGCUGGAGGGGUAAUACGUACGGACUGAUUGCUCCUGGAGUGGAGAUGGCUGACAUACUCUCAUUCAACUUUACCCAGACGGAAACGUCAAUUGGCGGUUUCCAGGCGAGAAAAAUGAAUGCGCCCGACUUGUCCACCAAGCUGAAGCUCAUGGGCGUUGAUGUUGCAUCCUUUGGCGACUUCUUUGCAGAUAAAAGCAUUGACAGACAGCGUGCGAAGCAGUCCACAGCCCGGAUCCAGGAAGACCGAACAGGUACCAGUAACUCCACUCACAAGGGAGCGACUGUCACGAUCAUCCAGACUGGUGCUGAAACGCCGUCAGACAAACCAGUUGAUACUGGGGCGUCGCUGCCCAAAUCGAACCAUGCGAAGCGUAAGCAGGACGCGCUGGAGGGUCCCAUCGAGUGUCUGUCGUACCGUGACCCUUUCUCCUUUGUGUACAAGAAGUAUAUCUUCAGCGCGGAUGGGAAAUACCUACUGGGAGGGAUGAUGGUUGGGGACACGUCUGAUUACGUGAAGCUCGUAGCUCUAGUCAAGAAGAAGGCAAGUAGUGCCAUGUUUCCGGGGACGUGCGUAGAGCGCAAAGGAGACGAUGAGGGCCAGGACUUGGACGACGACACCCAGAUUUGUAGCUGCCACAAUGUGCUCAAGAGCACGAUUGCUAUAUGCAUUCGAGACGGGGUCGAUACCCUUGCUGACCUCAAAGCUAAGACGAAGGUGGGUACUGGGUGCGGAGGUUGCAUGCCCCUUGUCACGAACAUAUUCAAGGCAGAGAUGAAAAAGGCUGGACACGCCCUCAACAACCAUCUAUGCCCCCACUUUGCUAUGUCUCGGCAGGAACUAUUCACUAUAAUCAAGCUGCGUCGGUUAAAAACGUUUACCGCUAUCAUGGAGUCCGCUGGUGUCAAUAAAGACUCCCUUGGUUGCGAGGUUUGCAAGCCAACGAUAGGCUCUAUUCUAUCGUCCCUCUUUAACGAGCAUGUCAUGAACCCGGUGCAUCAUGCGAAUCAGGAUACUAACGACCGGUAUGUCACAAAGCAUAUUUCCAAAGGGACAUUCUCUGUUAUUCCUCGAGUGGCUGCAGGCGAGAUUACGCCAGAGAAACUGAUUGCGUUGGGUCAAGUUGCGAAGAAAUACAACCUGUAUACUAAGAUUACCGGAGGGCAACGUAUUGAUCUGUUCGGUGCGCAAAAGCAAGAUCUUCCUGAUAUCUGGGAGGAGCUCAUUGCGGCGGGCUUCGAGAGCGGACACGCUUAUGGCAAAGCUCUUCGGACAGUGAAGUCCUGCGUGGGCACUACCUGGUGUCGGUAUGGAAUAGGAGAUUCAGUCGGACUGGCUAUACAACUGGAGGAGCGAUACAAAGGUAUCCGGUCACCGCAUAAGAUCAAAGGGGGCGUCAGUGGUUGCGUUCGGGAGUGCGCUGAAGCCCAAUCUAAAGACUUUGGUCUUAUCGCGACAGACAAAGGCUGGAACAUCUUUCUCGCUGGAAAUGGUGGCUCGAAUCCACGCCAUGCUACCCUAUUCGCGACGGACGUGCCCCCUUCAAGAGUCAUACGAAUCAUCGACCGUUUCCUCAUGUAUUAUAUUCGCACUGCAGAUAAGUUGAUGCGAACAGCUCGCUGGGUGGAACAGUUCGAGGGUGGAGUUGAGAGGUUAAAGAAGAUCCUCCUGGAUGAUGAAUUAAGUAUUUGCGCAGAACUGGAGAAAGAGAUGGAUGAGCUCGUCGGUACAUACUAUGACGAAUGGGCUGCAGUAGUGAAGGACCCUUCAAGACGGAAACAGUUUCGUCAAUUCGUUAAUACAGAUGAAAGUCGCCCGCAGAUAGAAAUGGUCCAGGAACGAAAUCAACGAAGACCGGCGGACUGGCCCAAGACUUUUCCCCCAGCCAAAUUACGGACAUCUAGUAUCCGUAGUCCUAAGAGCCAAUGGCAGUGGAGAGAGGUCGCAGCGGUUGAAGACCUCAUGCCAACAGAUGCAGGAACGACGUCCGCUGCGGUCAAAUAUGGCGAUACUCAGCUAGCGAUCUUCCACAUCCCCAAGCGUGGCUAUUUCGCUACGCAGCAGAUGUGUCCGCAUAAACGUGCAUUCGUUUUGGACCAUGGAAUCGUGGGUGACGACCCAAAUGGUAACAUGUAUAUAUCUUGUCCGCUCCACAAGCGCAAUUACAGCCUAACGGAUGGUGAAUGCUUGAAUGACGAUAAUUACUCCAUUAUGGCGUUCGAUGUGAAGGAGGAGAACAGCAGGCUCUUCCUCCUGCUCCCGGAAGCAGACGAGCUUGAUGCUGUUAUCGGUACAAGCAAAUGGAUGGUCCGUAAGGCUACAGCAGAGGUCAUCGAGCGGGGUGGGGGAGACGGCCUGGAGAUCGCUGACGUGCGCGAGAUGCCUGCUGAAGAAGCUUCGACGCAGUCCGGAUGUGCGGGUUCCACCUGCGGAGGUGGUAAAGCUUUAGAAUGGUAG